AAGAUCGCAUAUACAGAGAGAGGCCGCGGAGAACAUUGUACGGCGUUGGGGCCACAUGUGUUGGCUGAUCGUAACAUUUUCGGCGUUAAAAAAAAAUCAAAAAGACUGAGAUGCAGAGGGUAUUUACAUAAUUGAGGGUUGAGAGAGAAGGCGGUACGCGAUAAUGAACGAAAUGUUGAAUGGUGAUGAGUGACAUUGUUGUAUUUGGUAAAAUAAGAAGAAAAAUAAAAAAUUAAAAAAAAAAUACAUCGCAAAAAAAUAGUUGUCGGCGAGAAUAUCACGGUGCUGCUGUCUGCUAGAAUUUUUCGAUUCUAAAGAGCGAGGCGGGGGAAGAGAAAGGAGGGUGCGCAAUUGGUGCACGAGAAAAAAGGCACACGCGUGUCGGGGUGCGCGAGUGUGGGCCUCGUGGAAAGAACCGAUCUCGUACACGCGUUACGGUAAUCCCGUAAAAGUACGAGAAAAGUGUUGGAGUUGUUGAUUCGUAAAAAAUUGUUGAUUUUUAUUGAUAAUCCGUGUUGGAUAUGGAAAUAAAACAGUGUUGAUUAAAAUCGCCGAGUCAGCGUGGUUUCGCGCGGAGAAGAAUCGUACAACCUCGUGUGUGCCUCGUGCAAUAACCAUACCGCUUUUAUUUAACACAUUUGUAUAAGUGAUUGAAAGUGUUUAAAGAUACUAUUGGAUUUACUCGUGAUUAUGAAAUAAUAUUCGAUAAUUGAUCAGAGUUAUAGGAUUGAAUAGUUUAUUGGGGGAAAAAGAAUUUAUUUAAUAUCGGCGCACGCGGUCUAGCAAACGUGUGCGUGUCUCGUACGUGUGAGAAGAGUUGGGCCACGGCUAGUUAGCCGGAGCGCCGUCUGAGUAGCGGCAGCGCUAGUGUCGCUCGUGCUGCGGAGACCGUGCCUCGUUGCGCGGAGAGCAGUUUUUUGUAAUUUUUCUUCUCACGGGACAAAGAAUAAAGGGUUUAAUAAAACGGUGAUUUUCAUGAUUACGUAAAUAAAUAUUGUGGGGAAACGUGCGGGAGACAGUGCGGGCGAGUGGAUUAACAAUCGAAGAGUUGGCUCGUGUGUAGUGUCGCGCGAGUUAACGAUAAAUGAUCCCGGUGGGGCCAUGCGUUCGGCGGCCUAAAGGCAGCAUGGACGGUUCGUCUCACUGAGUCCCGGCGGGUCUCAGAGCCUCGUGGCCGCUUAAAUACGCUACGGGUUACGAGACUCAAUAUCCCUUCUUACUUAUUUUAUUUUUAUCAUUUAUUACAUUAUUUUUUCUCUCCACGUUAAAAAUCGAGUUGAAUAACUCGAGAGCGGAGGGAAAAUAGAAGGAUAAAUUGGUAUCGAAGUUCAUGAUAGAGGAAAGAAUACGGGAAGCCGCGUCUUUGAAACGUACGAGGCUGCUCCCGAAAUCCUUAAACAAUAUUCCCAAUUGAUAAAUAAAAAGAAAUUCGGGUUUAUUCUUAACGUUGGCGAAUCGCCCUUGUCGCGGAGAAGGCACGUACACGAAAUUCGAUAAUCCCACGAUUAUCUCGUGGCGCGCGCGGUACGAGCGACUUCGAGAAGGAGAGAGUGAGAGAGCAAAAGGACAAGUUUCCUCGAGGGAGGGGGAAGACACCUCGUGUUUUUGUCCUCUUUGAUACGAAUCCAAGAUGGCGGCGACGAAAGUAGCGAGCAGCGCUCAGGGCGGUAACGAGAGAGACGAGGGACCCGGCGUGUCUUACGCGAGCGUUUUGAACCCAUCGAGAGCUGCUGAAACGACAGUUUUGCCGAGGGCUUCCGAAGCGAAGGACAAUAACAAAGAGAACAUCGGUCAGGAAGGACCUGCGAGGGCAUCUUCGAGCGCUAAGGAGAGAAUCGCUUCUCAAAAUCAAAAUUCUGUUCCACGUGGCAAAUCUUAUCAGAAAAGUGGAAGAAGAUUUAAUAAUGCUUAUUCACAAUCCAAAAACGAGAGACGUCCUCAUCACCCGCACGGGGAUUUCUCAGCCAGAACUGGACAGAAUGCUCCUAACGAAAAUUUACUCAGGCCCAAAGACGCAUCCUCCAAAAACGUUGUUGAUGAAGAAAACCCUGGUACGGAGCAUCACAAUGGCGACCUUGGCAGCGACGGCGAGUUCCAGACCGUUGCCCCAAAGUCAGCACGCCGCAAAGAAAAACUCCAUCACAGAGUUGAUCACCAUCCUCACAGACCAGACCGCCACAGCCGACAUCACGAAAGACAUGCACAACCUCCGCGAGGACACAGCGCCAACGGCAGUCGAGAAAGAUUGCCGCACAAGGAGAGGGCUGAAAGAUAUUCCUCCGAGCACCCUCCAGCCAGUAAAGAAGCUACGGCUGAAAAAGAAGAAACUCCUGUUGAAGCAGAGUCUGAUCAGAAUGCGGUCAAAUAUGUCGAAGCUCCUCUUCCUGCCAUCAACCCCUGGAUGAAGAAGAGACCCCCUCUGGCUUCUGCUCAGCAAAAACAAAUUCCACAACCCACGCCGCCACAACCUCCACAGCUCCAGAGUAAACCUCCCAAUCCCCUCGCUCCGACUCCUCAAACUCCUGCCGUUAAUCCUCAAGUCACAGUUCCUCAAAAAGUGCCUCAAGGCCCUAGCGUUGCUCCUACGAAUCCUCUACUUUCCAAGGUUGAGAAAGUCGUGCAGAGCGAACGAGAAAAGAGGGUUCUACAGCCGCAACAACAACAGGGAAAAAUUGAGAACGGCCCCACCGCUGGACUUCAGCCCACAAUUGUCAAAGCACCGAAAGACAGAAGAAAAUUCAAUCAACGAGCAAGUGACUUUACGGAUAUCGGGGAUUGGCCGUCUUUGGGAGCUCAAGGCGAGAACAAAAAAACACUGGCACCAGCACCCAAACAAAAUGGCGUCGUCGAACAGUGCAACUCGAGAGAAACGACGAGCACACCCACAAACCUCGAAGUCAAAGGAAAAGAGAAUAAGGAGCAAAAUCACUGCCAAGAUGAUAGCGACGAACACACCGACGGUAGCGACAAGAGAAAGAAAGUCAAUAAACAAAAGUGGGUUCCCCUCGAAAUCGAUUUAGCCAAAAGCAGAGGAAAGCGCGAACGAUCCCCCAAAUAUCAUGGACCCAGAGAAAAAAAUGGAGAAAACGAUGAAAAUUGGCGAGACAGAGAUCACGAGAGACAAGGCUACAACACGAGAGGUCGCGGUGGCCGAGGAUUUCGUGGCAGAGGCGGUCGAGGUCGCGGUGGUGCACGAGGUGGUUAUCGACACAGACACGAUCUCGAAUAUACGGACUACCCAACGGAUUAUGCGCCGAUCACCAAAUUCGGACAAGCUGACUCGUCGUUUAUGAUGCCUUACAUGGGAACUUUUUAUUACAAUAAUCAAAACUUCGUUAAUCUCGACACCAUCACCCUGAAGGAGUACAUAAAAAAACAAAUCGAGUACUACUUCAGCGAGGAAAAUCUUCUACGCGACUUUUUUCUACGCCGAAAAAUGGACAAUCAGGGCUUCCUGCCAAUAACACUCAUUGCCUCGUUUCACCGAGUUCAAGCACUCACCACUGACGUCAGCCUCGUCAUUGAAUCGAUUUUGGAAUCUGAUAAAUUGGAAAUGGUCGAUGGCUUCAAGGUUCGCACGAAGGUCGACCCUUUGAAGUGGCCGAUAUUGGUAGAAUCGUCUAAUCCAAUGUUCGACCAAUCAGAGCACAUGCGAGUACCAAUACCGCAAUCAGAUCCCUCGAUAGCGGGACAGUCGGGAAAGUUUGAAUUUUGUCCAGCAGCGCGUCCGUUAACAACAAUCCCGGUACCUCCAUUGCCGCGAAUUCUUCAAACGGUACCGUACGUUAUUCCUCAGCAAGCAGUAAGUGGUGCCGCGAGGCUCAGCGAGUCUGAGAGUAUAUCAUCGUCGACGGGGGGCGAGAGUUUGAAUCCUGAUGUGCCCGAAUUUGUGCCGAUUGUAAUGGCGUCAAACAAAUACGCGAAUCAAUUGAGUUUCAAUCACAAAGAGAAUAAUAACCGAUCAAAGGAAGAAGAAGAAAGGUGCAAGGAGGAGCGUCGAAAGAUAGAAGUGUCGGCUUUGAGCCCGAGAAAUUCUGAAAAAUCUUUUGAAUCCUCGAAUUCUACGAACAAACUCAACUCUCAGAUGGCACAAGUUAACGGUGAUAUUGAACCCUCGGCAAACGACGUAUGGAAAGAGGUCAAACGAAGAGUCAAGCAGCCUCCGAAAGACAAACCCGAAGAACGAGGCAGAUCUGGACACAAAGGCGAGGAGAGAGAAGAGCUGGAUUUUCAAUUUGACGAGGAAUUAGACACUCCCCCACCGACUGGGCGUCACAAUGCUUUCUCCGAAUGGUCCGAAGAUGACGAUGACUACGAACUUUCCGACAGAGAUAUCAACAAAUUAUUAAUCGUUACGCAAACAACAAGCACGAAUAUGAAUUCCGCUGCUGCUCCUGCGGCGAUACCUUCGAGAAUCCCAAAACACGAGGGACACGAUCGUACAGGAGAUUGGACAACUAGGGUUAAAAUGACUCAAGAUUUGGAACAGGCCAUCAACGAUGGAUUGUACUAUUACGAGGAAGAUUUGUGGGACGAGCAUGGUCGCAGGUAUGGUUCUUCAUCGUCGAUCGGUAGCUACAAGACUGUUAAUGUGAUAAGUCAGGCAGCUUUCGAAAAAAUGGCGCCAAAAGCUCCCCGAAAAACGAAUCCAGAAGUUCCACCCCCGCCCCCCGCCUCAGAGGACAUGGAAAUUUCACAAUCUUUGCCGACACAGCUGCCGAGUAGCGUCGAAGAAAAAUGCGAUCGGCGAGGUGAGAAAGGCCGAUGGAAGGAGAAUAGGACGAGAGGAGGAAGCCGACGAGGCGCUGUGCCUCGUUUCUUCGCUGUUGUCAAAGACGAACCUGCGGUCGAUCCUCGGACUCCGAGGAAACGCAAAACUCGUCACAGCAAUAAUCCACCGGUUGAACACCACGUCGGUUGGAUAAUGGACGUUAGGGAACAUCGACCACGAACUUAUUCCACAGGAAGCAGUGCUGGUACGAGUCCAAACGAAGGUUACCUCGCAAGUAGUUACGGUAGCGCGCCACAGUCAUUGCCAACGUUCCAACACCCCAGUCACGCAUUGCUCAAAGAAAAUGGUUUUACACAGCAAGUUUAUCACAAAUAUCACUCGAGAUGUUUGAAGGAACGUAAAAGGCUGGGAAUCGGUCAGUCACAAGAGAUGAACACAUUGUUCCGCUUCUGGUCGUUUUUCCUUCGCGAAAAUUUCAAUCGCACAAUGUAUGAGGAAUUCCGAAGUGUUGCCAAGGAAGACGCCGUCGAGGGUUAUCGCUAUGGCCUCGAGUGCUUGUUUCGCUAUUACAGCUACGGCCUUGAGAGAAAAUUCAGGCCUCAACUGUACAAAGACUUCCAAAUUGAGACUAUGAGCGAUUAUGAGAGCGGCCAGCUCUACGGACUGGAAAAGUUCUGGGCGUUCCUGAAGUAUUAUAAGCACAGCGAUAAAUUACAAGUAGAACCUACGCUGCAAGAAUAUUUGUCCAAGUUUAAGAGCAUCGAAGACUUUCGCGUUGUCGAGCCCCAAAUAAACGAGAUGCUGCAGGGUUUCGGUGGAAAUCUUCGUUCGUCAUUGGCGAACAAAAGACGCAAUCGUAGCGUCUCAGAAAGCGGCGGUGGUGGAAACGAGGCAUCGCCAACGUGUCGGGUCCGUCGUUUGUCGGGUGGUUCGAGUACGGUAACACUGCCAACAACGAAUAGCAGCAGCGGUAGUAGCGGAAACGCCACAGGUGCCUUGCAGAAGCCGUCAUCGAAUUCGGUAAAUCUAAGCCAAUAUCGCAACAGAACAGGUUCCUUCGGUUCCGGCAGAUUAGGAUACUCAAAGCAGCAACAACAGCAGCGUAGAAACGACAGCGGGACGUCGAUGUCGUCGACGACGACAGUUACUACGUCGUCGAGUACGCAGCGGGACAUAGCGAAGCAGCAGCCGAGAAGUCGUCAGAAUUCGGGCUCGCACGUUAAAUCUCAGGAAAUCCAAAAAAGCCACAACGCAACGUCGUCGACGUCGAGUAGUAGCGCCUCGACGAGGGAUCGUUUUAGAUCGAGUACAAAGACCGAGUCGUGCAGCAGCAGCAGUAGCAAAUCAACGAGCAAUAAUUCGAGCACAAAGACACCUGCUGAAUUAACGUCGCUGGCGUCGAGCACAACGAAUUUGCCCGCAAAAGUUAAUCGUGCCGAUUCUUCCGGGGGUAAGUGAACGCGAGCGUUUGCACACUUGCCACUUCUGAACAGCGGGAUAUAAAGAAAUAUGAGAAAAAAAAAACAUAAACACACAAACGGAAAAGAAAAACGUAAGGAUGAACUUAAGAUUGAGCCCGACCCGAGGAAACUUGAUCAACGACGACCAAGGAAUAAAGAUACAAAAAAAACCUUUCGGUUCAUCUUGUCAAAGUUCCUCGAAGGUACGAUCGAUUCAGACUAAUAAAUUUGUCGGGCUAGCUCGAUCGAGGCGCGUUAAGAAGCUUAGAAAUGAUCUCGGGCUCUCCUCGAGUGACUAUAUAUACAUAUUAUAUAAAUAUAUAUAUUUUUAACUAAACAAAAAUAAUGAAAAGGUACGACGGGGAAAGAGUAAAUCUCUUGGCGCUACCCCGGAACUCCCGCAAAGACAAUUCCCAGCCUCCAGCAGCUUGUGCCUAGAGCGAUUUACAAUAAUUCAAAUGAAAAGAAAAUGCAACAACACAAUGAAGUCAGAGCGCGCCGUUUAUAGAUUAGUUUGUAAUAACGUCAUUGAGAUGAUUGUGGAAUAUUGAACUAUUCAAAAAUCUAGUAAUUAUGAAAAAGAUCGAGUCCACGACAAGCUUAACACCUUUUUUUAAAAACUCUCCAAUGAUAAGCGUGGGAAAAGACAGGCUUGCAACUUUUGAACACAAACUUACCGAGUCUACGAAGAGACAAAAAUUCGCGCGUGAUUCCCGUGAGGCGUUGAUCAGAAUAGAAUCGUAGAGUAAACUAAAUUUUUGGAUAGCGAACUGGAUAUUUUAUUGAUUCUCAUAUCGGUGCUUCUAUUCACUGUUCCAAUUUUUUCCUCUCUUCGUGUUUUUUUUUCCCUCGUAAUUCAACACAACAUAUUUUGCUGGCUUAAUCGUCGUGAUUUCCAAGGGGAUGGUAAAGAAGCGUCCAGUCCUUGUUUAUUUCCAAAGUCUUCCAAUUUUCCUUGGCUCUUGUGUAUAGUCCACUCUUCAAAUUCGGGGAUCGGAAAGAUGCAGUGAUCGUUUUUCUUCUUGUCGCUUUUUCGAACUUUUAUCGCGGUAUCGCCUUUUUUUUUAUACUUUCCGACUAUUUUUUUUUUUGUUUCUUUUUGGACGAAUGGGAGUUUGAAUUUUUGACAGAGGAACAUUUCAUUCAUCGGGAUUUAAUGUUACGGCUCCGAAGAAUUGUAGGAACGUUUUUUUUUUUAUCGUUUGUACACAGACGCGAAAAUUCAUAAUAAAAAUAUUAAACGAUUAAGAAUAUUACGGAAAAAUCAUAAAUAAAAAAAUAACAACUAUUAUGAUGUUUGAAAAUCUUACAAAGAAAAAAACAGCAACCAACAACACCCAGUCAAUGGCCGGUGCACAAUCAAUUAACGACCGCGUCAGAGAGUCGAUGAUUUUUACUGCUUGUUUCUGCAAGACGUGUGUAGGAUUAAAUUGAUUAUUAUUAUUAUUAUUAUUACGAUUAUUGUUAUUAUUAUAAUUGUUAAUGCUAUUAUUUUAUUAUUGUACCUAUUGAAAAUAGAGUCGAUAUGACCAUCACGAUAAAACAUCUAUAAUUUCUUAUUUGUAAAAACGUUUUUUUUCGUCCUUUUUGUAUAAGUCAACAAUUGAACGGUUUCUUUUCUCUAUUAUUCCACCUCUCUCGUUCGACGAUCACGAGUAAUUGUAGCACGUCUCUAUCAUCUUGAUCUUCAUUGCACGAAAAUAUCGAUCGCAAUGGCGUCCUCAAUAAUCGCCGUUCAGGCUGUAUUUAAACGAAAUUUCAUUGGUAAUAAUAGCCAAUUUUCAACAAUCAUAUUUGAGAUUGCGACCAAUCGAACGAAAGAAAUGAAUUCAUUUUUCGAUCACAUUCGGACUUUCGUCAGGAAAUCGUAGGGCGAGUUAAAUGGAAAACGAAUUUUUUUAACGAUCCAUUCAUCUUUAUUGAUCGUGAACUAAAAUCUUUUCGAAUAACUUUCUUCAUCUGUUACUUUUUCAUUUUCACGAUCGAUCAUGAACCUUCUUCGUAAACACGAAGAAGAGGAAAAAAUCCUUUGGAAAGUUCUCAUGCCAAAAAUGAGAAUUUAGAAGCAAAAAUCUUGUUCCUUGAGAAAUCUUUUUUCAAAAUUUUCAACGUCAAAGCGGUGCAUAACUAUAAUAAUAUUCAUUAUUACUGAUCAUGAUAAUAAUAAUAAUAAUAAUAAUAAUCAUAAUAAUAACGAUCAUAGAAUAAUAUAGUUAUAAGGCGAUAAUAACAAUAAUAAUAACAUUAAUAACAAUUUACGAUGCUAUAGCGUUAAAUUAAACGACGUAUAAUUAACCGUAACAAUUAUUAGUUUUGUACAUUAAAGGAAGCGUUUUAUAAGCGCGAUAACUAUGAGCUAGAGGUAUGAAUAAACGAUUUGUUGGCUUUUGAAUAAUGAUAAUAAUAAUAUUAAUAAUUAUGAUGAUAAAAAUAAUAAUAAUAAAUAGUGAUAGUUGCGAGACUUGAUUCAAAUACGGUGAAUUCUCGCUGGCAGAUCGCACGUUUUUUUACUUCUGCUAUUUAAGAGAAGAGAAAAAAAACAAGCGAAUGAAAAAGCGAGGAAUGGGAAAGGACAUUUCGUCAUGACGAAUAAUUAUGUUUGGCGAAAAAAAAAAGAGUCUCGAAAAGAGUCGCAAUGCUGAAACGAUAAGAGGGGAAAUGAUGGGUUUUUUUAUUUAAUCCGAUUUUAAUCAUCAUUGAAACGAACCUUUUUGAAAAGCCAAUAUUCUAGUCCCCUCGAAUUGUUCGCCAUGUUGGAAAGAAGAGAAGAGAAAAAAAAUACAAAAAAAAAUUAAAUAACCUCUCAGUUUAUCGGGUGAUUCAUGAAACGAGACGGAAAAAGGAUUCGAUAUAUAAACCGUAGAUUUUAGAAUUCCACGAGAGUUUUUUCGUCGUUACGCACACCCUGCUCCUCCGAGGCCUCAUUCUUUAUUACGGAAAUAACGUUUUUUUUUGACAAUUUUUACUUUUUUCGAGUAUUCACUUAAAACUAGAUAAAAAUCGAAGCGGUAAACGCACUUCGGAACAACCGAAUGGCACAAAUGUGACGCUUCAUUGGUCCAUCUUCAAACGAGCUCUCAUUUUUUCGAAAUAAUUGUUGAAUUUCGUUGUUUUUUUAAACUGAAAAUUAGACAAUGAUGGAAUAACGAAUAACUUGGCUCUUCGAAACCCCGGAAAGAGGUGAUACGUGGCACGAUCUCAACUCUCAACUUGUAAAAAUAUAUAAAUAUAGAUUAUAUCACUUGCAUAUAUAUAUUGAAAGAGCGAGUGAGAGUAUGAAAACUUACUCCCGUUACUUAUGCACUAAAUUUAUAAUCUUUUGAACAUUAAAGUUAAGAUUCGUAGGACUUGAGUCGCAGCAAAAGUUCAAUUCGUUGGUGAAGCAAAUGGAAAAAAAUGAGACUAAAUAUUAAGAGAGCUUGCCAAACAGAGAGCUGUACGAACGUGGAGGACACGCAUGUGGAGAAUUUUGAGAACGAAGAGACGAUGAAAAAGAGUUUGCCUAAAGAUGCUCUAUUUUAAAAUUUUCGGGGUCUUGCACGAGCGAAAAGCACUUGUUUCAAGAAAUUCAGAAAUGAUCGAGCUGCAUGUUUUUAUUAUAAAAAAUUUCGAAAAGAAUUCAUCAGUUUUCCUCAUUCCGCUCGAUUUUUAUUUCUCUCAAAUAAUAAAAAAAAUUGCAAUCUCGUAUUUUCUUUUUUUUCUAACCGAAGAGCUCUUCGUUCUCUGCUGGAAUGAUGAGAGUGGAGGUACAAAAGGUUGGACGAAAGAAAGGCGACGCGCGUGCGAUGAAAAAAGCCUAAAUAAUAACUUGCAGGAUCGCUGUUCAGUAGUGCUCUCAAGUGUUACUAAUGGCCGUUUUCUCCAACGUUGAUCUGAGUUUAAACUCGGUUCAUCCUAUUUCGAAACUAUAUGAAAAACAUUGAAGCGAGUUUGAACCGCGUCGGAGAAAACGGCCAUAAAUUGUACAAAUAACCGGCGCUUCGUCGCUGGUGUCGCUCAAUAAGAAAUAUUGGAUAAUGUUGAAAAAUCUUCGCUUUCGAGCCAUAACCUUGUCGCGGAGGGCGGAAAGUCAUUGUUUCCGUUUCGUUUGUUUUUUCACACACUUUCGAACCGGGAUUUGUGUCAAAAAAUGGAAUGAAUCAGAACGAUCUUUAUGAUUUUAAUAAAAUGAUUAUUCUUGGCCGCUGCGAGUGACCGUUCAAAAGCGCCUCGUGUGUGAUGACAAUGGUGGGGGAAAGACUGAAUCUGACGUUCCGUUAUGUUGUAAUUUCAGUCUGACGUUAGACGCUGGCUUCGGGCCGACUCACGCGACCUCCAUUCCGCAUAUUCAGUGUCAAAAACUGUCGAGAAGGCAAAAUAAUGUUGAAGCUAAAAUGAUUUAAGUUUCAGCGUCAGGCCGAAAAACGGUUGAAUGUUAAAACCACUGACAAUUGCGUUCCGCACGACGGCAACCGAGCCAUUUCGUGCGCACUCGGUUACUCUGUUCAAAAUUCGAUACACAGGCGGCGCAUCGAGCACCGUUUUCGUAGUGACGAACUAGACACGCACGCGUCGUUGACGAACAAGCACUUUUGGUCGUAGUUUCGAGGCGAAAAAAGCUAAACCGUAAAUAAAAAGAGGGCGCAGAGAACAAACGUAGGUUCUUUGUGAAACGUUGCACGGACGUUGCGCUCGGAACGAGCCGCUACAGUUCGAUCCUGCAAUGGCGUUAUUCUCGGAAACACGAAGUUUUAGUAAACAUUGUUUUUUAUUUUCAAUCAAUUUUUUCGAGUUUUCUCAUCGAUCGUAGUACUGAUACGAAGUGACACAGUGCCUUCGAUCGAAGCUCCGGCCGAAAUGACUUUGGGUGUUUUCAUUUGAAAUAAAUCUCUGCUUGAACGUUCCUCUCGAGUUAAUCUGACUCCUGAUCCUCGAUGAUAUAUAUAGAUAAAUAAAAACUCGAAUAUAUAUAAAACCGGAGCCUCGGGUGAAUUAUGACAUUGAUUUCUCGCCCCGUAGGAGAGAUUAGCCGACAUUUUGUUUUCUUUGUUAUUAUUAUAAUUAUUUUUUUAAUUAGAAGUCCGAGACUACCGGGGUUUGAAAGGGGAAAAGAAACAUUAUUUUAUAUAAAGGCUAAUGGACGCGUUUUUUUCGCACUUCGACACACCGAACGACACGAUUCUCGCGUCUUCUGGCCAAGUUUCGUGCGCACUCGUCUUACGACGAAAUAAUUAUAUGUAAAGAAACAAGAAAAAUACAAUACCCCCCGUGUUCGAUCGAUCCCCGAAGUGAGAGAUGAAACAAAACACAAACAGUGAAAAUACACAUUUGGCGUAGUUUUUUUUACAUUAUGCAUAAUACGUACUAAAUUACCGGCAUAUUAAUGUAUACAUUUAUAUAUAUAUACAUUCUAUAUAUAAAUAUAUACGCAAGCAUACGACGAUAAAGAGAAUUAAAAAAACGAACCAAGCUUAGCAUUAUCUGCGAGAGAGCACCAAACGAGCCGCCAUUUUGAGAGGAAAAACACACCCAUACUACGCUGAACAAAAAGCGGAUGAAAAACAGAAAAAAAACAACUAAAUCAACGAUGGCGAGUAAGAGAUCGACUUACCGCAUAUAUAUGAUUAUAUAUAUAAAUAUAUACAUAUUAUAAAAUUAUUAACUAUUAUAAACUAAUAAUUGUUAAAAAAUGCGUUAACGCUAAAACCGUUAACGACAGCCAUGUAAAUAAUAAUUAUAACGAUAUAUGAGGAUGAAAAAAACAAACACAAAAAUGGAGAUACCAGAUGGAUACACGAAUACACGCUUACACGAUUAAAAACAAUAACACACUUUCACAAAACUUCAAGGCACGGUUCAUUUUGUAUAUAUGUUCGUACAUAUAUAUAUAUUUGUAUUCAUAUACUUAUAUAUAUAUAUGCUUUUAUAUAUACACAAGGCCUGAAGUACUGUCGAAGUAAACACCAUGCAUCAGAUGACGAAAGCUCGACGCGACGUGGCAAGGGAGAGUUCGCAAAAAUAACAACAAACACAACACAUAUACACAAGUUAGCGUGACUAUUUAGCGAGUGAUACACAUAUUAUAUAUCCUAGACGAGAGCGACACACAUUCGCUUAGGCUAUUGUAUCAUAGAUUAUUCGAGGAAGAGAAAAAAAUGAUAAAACAAAAAGAACAAAAAAAAUGAUUAUUUGAAACCAUACGUUAAGCCGAUGCUGAAUGUAUUGUAAGUGUGUCUGGUGAUUUUUUUCUGAGUCUUGUAUGCAUAUACUUGGGAGUAUUGUAACGUUUGUGAAUACAUAAAAAUAAUAAUAAAAAACACCAAAAAAACCAAA